CGAACAUGGACCGGCUGGAGGUUGACGUUCAAGAUGCCUUCAAGAGUUACGGAACAGCUUGCGUCCUCAGGGGUCUUUCCAUGGCAGUUCAUCCAGGCACCAUUUAUGCAUUGCUGGGGCCCAGCGGGUGUGGGAAGACGACACUCCUCAACUGCAUCAUCGGAAGAACUUCUUUAGACUCUGGGACCAUCCGGUUGGCGGUGAGGAGGAGGGAGGAUGUUGGCUAUAUGCCACAGAGUAUUGCUCUGUAUAUGAUGCUAAACAUCCACGAGACGCUGUCUUACUACGGACGAGUGUACGGGAUCGAAGACGAGGAUAUCCAAGUGCAGGCGGUGAAGCUUUCGCAGUUGCUCGAACUCCCUCCUUUUCACAGGAUAGUCGAUACUCUUAGUGGUGGUCAACAAAGGCGUGUUUCCUUGGCAGUUUCGCUAAUCCACAAUCCCCAACUUCUGAUCCUUGAUGAACCUACAGUAGGGUUAGAUCCGAUUCUUAGCGAGAGUAUUUGGCAAUAUCUGAUGAAGUUAUCUACUGAACAGAAAAAGACAAUAAUUAUCACAACACACUACAUUGAAGAAGCAAGGCAUGCCGAUAAGGUGGGUUUGAUGAGAGGAGGAAUACUUCUCUGUGAAGAGGCUCCAACAGAUCUUAUGCUGAAAAAUAACUGUGACACAAUGGAAGCUGUAUUUCUUAAACUGAGCUAUAUACAAGAAAAAAACAAAGAUAUGGAUCCGCCUGUAAUGUCAUCUACAAACACCUCUUCAUCACCUUUCCAAAAAGCCAGUAUAUUUAAGAAAUCAUGCUUCUAUGCUGAACUUGUGAAGAACAUGUUUUUUGUGUGGAGAAAUAAACCCAUGCUGAUAUUCCUCUUCGGACUACCAAUAGUUGUAACUUUUCUAUUCAACAUUUGUAUUGGACAUAAGGUGACAGGCUUAAGUGUGGCCAUGCUCAAUAAAGAAGUUGAAAAUGGCAUUGCUGAUUGUGAUAAUUUUCACUACCAUGGAUGUAAUCUCAGUUUUCCUUUGGGUUGCAGGCUUGUUAAAACAUUACAGUCUAACGAUGUUAAUCUAAUUGAAUUUGAUGAUAUGGAAGAAGCACAUUUUGCUGCUAGAAAGAAUAAUGUUUGGGGGAUUAUUGAAGUACCUGAAAAUUACACUGCUGGGAUGCUUAAUAGGCUCACAAAUAAUCUUAAAACAAAGGAUCAUAAUGUUGAAGCUAGUUCUGUCAAUGUUUGGCUGGAUAUGUCAAAUCAAAAUAUUGGUAAUCUUUUGAAGUUGGACAUUUGGAAUGCCUAUAAUGCAUACAUGGAAAUGUUAUAUGUAGAUUGUGGCUGGCCUGUGGAAGCAACACGUGUACCUAUCAAGAUUAACAAACCAAUUUAUGGAGUAGUAGUACCUAAUCUGACACAUUAUGCGAGCCCUGCAAUAAUACUCUUGUUAAUAUUUUAUUUACCAAUGUCCUACACUAUUGGUGUCUUGGUUCAGGAAAAGGUGCUUGGGGUACUAGAAAGGAGUUUAGUAGCAGGAGUUACUUUGACCGAGGUGUUUCUGGCACAUGGAGCUGUUCAAAUUAUUCUCCUUGGAAUACAGAUGUCUCUAUCUAUGUAUGUUUUAUACUCUGUGUAUGACAGUCCAUUCAUAGGUGAUCCUCUAACUACAGCACUGCUUCUUUUACUUCAAGGAAUUAGUGGUUUAGCAUUUGGGUUUUUUGUGGCAUUGAUAUUUGAUGAAAUGAAAAAUGCAACUUAUGCUGCUUUAGGAAGCUGUUUUACAUUCUUCUUCCUAUCAGGUAUGGUUUGGCCACAAGCUGGUAUUCAUUACUUCUUGUUGUGGUUCAAGUGGCUUGUACCUGUAGCAUACAGUGUUGAGUCAUUACGCUCACUCACUGCUAAGGGAUGGCCAAUCAGUCACCCUAUAGUUAUGAAAGGGUUCAUCUCAGUUGCUGCCUGGAUUCUAGCAUUCUGUCUGUUUGCUCAAAUCAUAUUGAGGUUUAGGAAAGGUUCUUUCACUACAACUUAGACUAAAAUAUCAAGGUGUUAAUAUAUAACUUCUUUGAUUCUUGAAGUAAUGUACUUCAGUGCUCUUGUGAUAUGUAAAUAGAUAGACUUAAUGAUUUUAAUGCACAUUAAAAGUGACAUUGUAUCUUUAAUAAGUACUUCUACCAUUGAAUAAUUUUUUUUAACUAUUCAGUAGAACUCCUAUAAUACCUCAACUUUAAAACAAAAUCAUAACAGAAAUGUAUCAUAUAUACAUAUAUAUUUUUUUUACUUAUGUAAUUUGAAUAUACAAAUUUCAUUAUGCAUUUAAAAUGUGAAGCAUGUACAAUGUACAAAUUAAUGACAAUAGCAUAGUAUAUUUUAUUUUAAAUCUAUAUAUAUUUUUCAACAUUUACACUUAAAUGCAAAAUCACUCUAUUUUUAAUUACUAGAAUGUCUGUAACAGAUUAACCUUCAUUGCAUAUCUUUGUCCUCUUUGAGUUUAUCCAGUCAAAUACUUUUUAAAAGUUUAUUUAAGAUCUUUGGCAGAGUUUCAAGUUUUUCCUCAAUGUCUUUAUGUCGGGGUUGUGAACUACAUAAGAGUUUCUACAGAUUUUAAUAAUAUCUGGAUCCUAAGUAUCUUCUAGGAAGCACUUUUUUUUAGUCAUGUGGCCGGUUAAUGCCAUGGCUGAUUAACAGGGGUUCAACUGUACAUAAAAUAGUUUUAAUCAAUAUUCUAAAAUAAGUCUAGUCUAAGUGAUACUUAGCAAACAAAAAACACAUGUAAUAGUUGUACGUUUAAAAAAAAAGUAUUCUACUUAUAAUUGAGAGUAGUAUUGUAGGUUGUUUUGUUUUUAUUAGUAACCUAUUUGGAAACAUUAUUUUGUUAUAGUGUUGUUAAGUUAUAAAAUAUUAGGAAAUAAGAGAAGAAUAAACAGGAUGUUUGAAAAACUACUCCUCAAUUUUUAAUAUAUUGCUUCCCAAAUAUCCAAAGCACAUUACUGUUAAUGUGGUGUGGAAAAUGAUAUGAGACAGAAAUUAGUAGUUAUUACAAUAACAUUAUAUUGCAUUAAAUUAGAGGAAGAUCCUGGUGUACAUAAACAAAUAGAUCUAAAAUAAAGUAUUAUAUGUAAUAAAAUGAUGAAUCAUACUCACAAGUUUAUUAUGUUCCUUGUACAAUCCCAAAAUAAAAACAGAAAUAUAUAAUUAUG